AUGAGGCUCGGUCGGCUCCCUAUCGCGCUGUCAGCAUGGUUGGCCCUGGGAAGUGUUCCUAUCGCGGUUGCGGCCGACGAGAGUCUCCACCGUCGUCAGGCCAAACCUGGCAAGUACUUUGAUGAGAAACUCCGACGAGAGGCGUUGAGAGUCCUGAUACAGACUUAUCUGGCCACCUUUGAGAGUAUUGGCAUCGAGACAUGGCUCAUGCAUGGAAGUCUUCUGGGGUGGUGGUGGAACAAGAGGGUGAUGCCAUGGGACGAUGAUGCCGAUGUCAUGGUCUCCGAGCCCAGUUUGUUUCUACUUGCCGCGUACUACAACAUGACGACCUACUACUACGAGUACCCGGCCAUUCCAGAGGGUCGCUCCUUUCUGUUGGACAUCAACCCUCACUACCUGGUUCGAGACAAGGGAAAGGGCCUGAACUCGAUAGACGCAAGAUGGAUCGAUAUGGAACAUGGCCUAUUCAUCGACAUCACCACCGCAAGGUACAAUGUCACAUACGGGGAAGGUGAGGGUGUGUUAGUAGGCAAGGACGGUCACCUGUUUCGGGACACCUAUCUGUUACCACUGCUGGAGACGACCUUUGAGGGUGUUAAGGCAAAAAUUCCUUACAAGUACAAGGACUUUCUGAUAUCCGAAUAUGGCAAAGAAUCCUUGUCGGACAAGGAAAUCAAUAACCACCAUUUCGAUGACGACAAAAUGGAGUGGGUGCCUACUAGAGAGCUCUAA